AUGAGUGAACAUGUUAUUGUGUUAGCACAUGGCCUUCAAGGCAUCAUCCGGCACAUGGAAUAUUUAGCAAAGUGUAUCAAAGAAGAAAACAAUAAUAUUUGGAUAUUAAAUGCAUCUGCUAAUGAUGGCACACGAUUUGAAAAUUGGUCAUCAACUCGUGAUGGUAUUGAUAUGGGUGGUGAGAGAAUUAUAAGAGAGUUGACUACAAAAUUAAUCGCACAUGUGAAAGAGACAAAUAGCAAACCAAAAAUGAUAAGCUUUAUAGGAUCUAGUUUGGGUGGACUAUACUGUAGGUAUAUUAUGGGACGAAUGUAUAAUUCAGAUUGUGAUCGAAUCAUUGUUCAACAAGAUAACAUUAAAAUUGAAUUGGAACUUAUGAAUUAUGUUGCACUAGCAUCUCCAUUGAUCUCUGUUCGUGCUCUAGUGCCAAAUUGGGUGUAUUAUUCUAUGAAAGUUA